CAUGUGCACGCUUAACCCUUUCGAAUCCUCGGCGCCGUUGCUGCAGCGGUUGAGAUUCGGAGCUCAGAUGGGUGUCAAGAGAAUCCGGGCACGUGAAACGGCAGCUGGCUUUUCUUCGUCUCGGAAAGGCGUUUUGAUCUCUCUGUGAACUUGGAGCAUCUGUCUUCUCCCAGGUGAGAGAUGACCCGGGUGAAUAGCAAAAUGAAGCCCUCUGGCCUGCGAGGAGAAGUUGCCUGAGGAGAAAAGGGCCGAGCGGGCCAGCCUCUGGCUGCGGUGCCGGCCGGCAACCUUACCAUGGCUCAUUCCAGCAUCUGGAACAGCCUCAAGUCUGUGCUGAGGAAGAACAAUGACCCCUUGUUCUUGAACGACUGCAGUGCCUUUGACUUCUCGGACGAAGUUGGCGAGGAGGACUUCCCCAGGUUCAACAAGCUGCGGGUCGUGGUUUCGGAGGAUGCGGCAGACGCUUCGGCCAACGGGGCCCACGUGGGACCCCACUCCGACGACGAGUCCUUGCUGGACAGAGACAUGGCUCUGCGGACCGCACAGGCUGGACCCGGCGCAGAACCUUGUAACAAUUGCAACAAGCAAAGGGAACUCUCGAAGCAGAAGAAGGUGAAGAGGCGGCUGGUUCUAGCAGCCGUCCUCUAUCUCCUCUUUAUGACAGGGGAGCUUAUAGGUGGAUACGUUGCCAACAGCCUCGCAAUCAUGACGGAUGCGCUUCAUAUGUUAACUGACCUCAGUGGCAUCAUUUUGACCCUGCUUGCUUUGUGGCUAUCUGCAAAAUCACCGACCAAAAAAUUCACCUUCGGAUUUCACCGCUUAGAGGUGUUGUCUGCCAUGUUCAGCGUCUUGCUGAUUUAUAUCCUCAUGGUUUUCCUCUUGUACGAAGCUGUUCAAAGGACCAUCCACAUGGACUACGAAAUCAAUGGAGAUAUUAUGCUGAUUACAGCAGCCAUUGGGGUAGCGGUCAACCUUAUCAUGGGCUUUCUGCUGAACCAGUCUGGCCACCUGCACUCCCAUUCACAUUCCCCUGCCCCUGUUCCUCCCUCCAGUUCCUCUUCUGCCGCAACUCCUGGGCACGGUCACGGUCACGGCAGCCUGGCAGUGAGAGCUGCCUUUGUUCAUGCCCUGGGAGACCUGGUGCAAAGCAUAGGCGUUCUUGUAGCUGCAUACAUCAUUCGUUUCAAGCCAGAAUAUAAGAUUGCUGACCCUAUAUGCACAUAUGUAUUCUCAGUCCUGGUGGCUUUCACAACAUUUCGGAUUAUACGGGACACCGGAAUAAUUGUACUUGAAGGAGUUCCAAGGCAUCUGAAUGUGGAUCGCAUUAAAGAAGAGCUAAUGAAAAUUGAAGAUGUGUUUUCAGUGGAAAACCUGAAUAUUUGGUCAUUGACUGCAGGAAAAACCAUUGCCGUAGUCCACUUGCAAUUAGUUCCUGGCAGUUCAUCAAAGUGGGAGGAAAUCCAGUCGAAGGCCAGGCGGUUGUUGCUGAGCACAUUCGGAGUCUAUCAAUGUUCAAUCCAGCUUCAGAGUUACAGGCGAGAAGAGAACAAACCGUGCGCAAACUGUCAGAAUUCCAGUGCCUAAUUUUUCCACGCUUUUUUUCUUUUUGGGAGGACUCGCUGCCUUAUUCUUCUUAACCUUUGCAGCCAAAAGACCACGAAGCAAUAAAUGCAAAUGGAACGGAAUCCCUUAGGGCUGGACUAGUAUUGGCAAUCCUCUUGCAACAAGAAGGGUUUGGAACGGGGUCAGAAUUACCCUUUCCGUGAAAAAGAGUUGUAACUUUCUCUCUCGCCGUUCGUUUUGGCCAGGGUUUUCAUGCCAAUAUAUAUACAUAUCCAACAAAUUGUUUACAGAUCACGUUGCAGUUGGCGGAUACCUCGUAGAGCACACUUCCUCGUUGCCAUUUGUUAACUUCCAACAGUGCUUGCCUGCUUUCCUAAAGGGCGCCAAGAAUUAACUACUUGAGUUUAAAAAGAGUUGCCAAGGUUGAUCAUGUCUGUGAUCAAAAAGGUUAAUGAUCCCUGAACUGGUUACACCAUAUUUUAUCUCUCUCCAACAGCUAUGGUUUUUUUACUACCUUGCCUAAAAC